AUGGAUUCUGACUCUGACUCACCUUUUAACUACUCCUGGCCUUCCUUCCCCAGAAUGAAGAUUCGACGAAGGGCAUCGAAACAAGAUCGUUCCUUUGAAGAGCUCAAAAAAUCUAAGCAUCCCUCAACAUUCCUUGCUGCAGGUCGGCUUUCUGAUAUGCUAAAUGGCGGUGAUGAAGUGUAUGCAAACUGCAUGGUGAUAGACCAGGUGGGUGAUUUGGAUAUUAAUUAUAUUAAUAUAGAAGGAAUCACUGCCAAUACCAACCUUGAAUCCAUGGGGGCCACUCUUGAACCUCAGAGCUGCAAGAACAGCCUUUCCAGUGAAGUCAGUGCUGGUAUGAACCCACGCAGGGACAGCAGUGAAGUGACAUCAGAUUCUGAAGCCCGGCAGUGUUUCAUCUCACCGUCUAGCUCGUGUAUUUCUAAUAUGCAUCUCUCUUUUGGUCCACAUGGAUUUGAAAAGGAACAAGGCCAUUUGAAGAAAAGAAGCUCUAGUCUUGAUGCCUUGGAUGCUGACAGUGAAGGUGAAGGACACUCUGAGCGAUCCCAUAUGUGUUAUACUCCAAUUUCCCAGAAUGCCUCAAGAACUGGGAUUCCUAGUGGCGACGAAUUAGAUUCUUUUGAGACCAACAUUGAACCAGAUUUUAAUAUCUCCAGGGCUGAAUCACUCUCUUUCUCAAGUAAUCUUCAGCCAAAGGAGUCUUUGAUUUCUGGAGUCCGCUCUCGUUCUUACUCCUGCUCAUCACCUAAGAUUUCCUUAGGAAAGUCUCGGUUGGUGCGUGAUUUCACAGUAUGCAAUUCAAGUGAAGAGCAAAGAGCUUACAGCUUACCAGAGCCACCAGGAGAAAAAAGGAUUCAGGAAGAGGAAUGGGACAAAUACAUCAUACCUACGAAAUCAGAAUCUGAAAAAUACAAAGUCAGCCGGACUUUCAGCUUCCUCAUGAAUCGGAUGACUAACCCCCGGAAUAAAUCUAAGAUGAAAAACAAGGAUGCCAAAGACAAAGAGAAACUGAAUCGACACCAGUUUGUCCCUGGAACCUUCUCUGGGAUUUUGCCAUGUUUGGUUUGUGAUAAAACACUUCUGGGGAAGGAGUCAUUCCAGUGUUCCAACUGUAAUGCGUAUAUACAUAAGGGCUGUAAGGAAGCUGCACCUCCAUGUUCCAAGAAAUGCCAAGAGAAAUAUAACAAGAGCAAACCGCAGACCAUCCUUGGAAAUUCCUCGUUUAGAGAUGUCUCACAGCCUGGUCUCUCCUUGCACUCCUCUUCGUCCAUCCCCAUUGGAUUGCCCACUGGAAGGAAAGAAACUGGAGGACAGACCCAUGCAUUGUCCCGGAGCGUUCCGGGCACCACACCGGACAGUUUUAGGAGGUCAGGGGCAUCCUUGGAGUCGGAGAAUGACAGCAGCAACUGGAGAAGCAGAUCUCAUUCUGAUGAGCUGAUUCAGUCCGUGGGCUCUUCUCCUUCCACAGAGUCCUUUAUAAUGGAAGAUGUUGUGGACUCUUCUAUGUGGAGCGACCUCAGCAGUGAUGCCAAAGAAUUUGAAGCGGAGUCUUGGAGUCUUGUGGUCGAUCCUUCAUUUUGUAGUAGACAAGAGAAAGAUGUCAUCAAAAGACAGGAUGUCAUCUUUGAGCUCAUGCAAACUGAAAUGCAUCAUAUCCAGACCCUCUUCAUCAUGUCUGAGAUCUUCAGAAAAGGGAUGAAAGAGGAGCUGCAGCUUGACCACAGCACUGUGGAUAAAAUCUUCCCCUGUUUAGAUGAGUUACUUGAAAUCCACAGGCACUUUUUUUACAGUAUGAAGGAGCGAAGGCAAAAAUCCUGCAUCAAUGAUGAUAGGAAUUUUCUGAUCACCCAAAUUGGAGAUAUCCUGGUACAGCAGUUUUCAGAAGAAAAUGCAAACAAAAUGAAGAAAAUAUAUGGAGAAUUUUGUAGCCAUCACAAAGAAGCAGUGAGUCUCUUUAAAGAACUCCAACAGAAUAAAAAGUUUCAGAAUUUUAUUAAGCUCCGGAAUAGUAAUCUUUUGGCUCGACGCCGAGGAAUUCCAGAAUGUAUUCUUCUGGUCACUCAGCGAAUCACAAAAUACCCUGUCUUGGUGGAGAGGAUACUGCAGUACACAAAGGAAGGAAGUGAAGAACACAGAGAUCUAUGCAAAGCACUUCACUUGAUUAAAGACAUAAUUGCUGCAGUGGACUUGAAAGUCAGUGAAUAUGAGAAAAACAAAAAAUGGCUUGACAUCCUAAAUAAGAUUGAAAAUAAAACCUACACGAAGCUCAAAAAUGGCCAUGUGUUUAGAAAGCAGGCGCUGAUAAGUAAAGAAAGGACUCUGCUCCAUGAUGGCCUUGUUUAUUGGAAAACAGCUACAGGCCGUUUCAAAGAUAUUCUAGCCAUCCUUCUAACUGAUGUGCUGCUCUUCUUACAAGAAAAGGACCAGAAGUACAUUUUUGCAGCUGUUGACCAGAAGCCGUCAGUCAUCUCCCUGCAGAAGCUCAUCGCCAGAGAAGUUGCGAAUGAAGAGAGAGGAAUGUUUCUCAUCAGUGCUUCAACUUCUGGCCCUGAGAUGUAUGAAAUUCAUACCAAUUCCAAAGAAGAACGAAAUAACUGGAUGAGACGGAUCCAACAGGCUGUCGAAAGUUGCCCAGAAGAAGAAGAAGGAGGAAGGACAAGUGAAUCAGAUGAAGAAAAACGCAAAGCAGAAGCAAGAGUGGCCAAAAUUCAGCAGUGUCAAGAAAUACUCAGUAACCAAGACCAGCAAAUUUGCAAGUAUUUGGAGGAGAAGCUGCACAUCUAUGCCAAACUUGGAGAGCUGAGUGGAUUCGAGGAUGUCCAUCUAGAACCCCACCUCCUCAUUAAACCUGACCCCAAGGAGCCUCCCCAGGCAGCCUCGUUACUGGCAGCAGCACUGAAGGAAGCUGAGAGCCUCCAAGCAGCAGUGAAGGCCUCACAUACAGGUGAUGGAAAUCAGUCAUCAGAGGAAAGUUGUGCAGAAUCUGGCAUGACCGAUGAUGCACCCAGCUCUAAUGAUGGGCCGGGAUGUUCUAGUGAAGGACCAGAACUGUCGACAGCAUCACUAGUCACAGAAGGGAAAGAAGGAGGAGACUGUUGGGAUGUGGAUCCUGAGAUCCAGGGUGUGGUAACCAACUUGGCGGUCUCUGAUGCAGGGGAGAAGGUGGACUAUAGAGGCUCUCUGGGUUCUUCACAGUCUGAGAUUAUACAAGCGAUACAGAAUUUAACCCGGCUCUUAUAUAGCCUCCAGGCCGCCCUGACCAUUCAGGACAGCCACAUUGAGAUCCACAAGCUGGUUCUCCAGCAGCAGGAGAGCUUGUGUGCGGGCCACCCUCUCCGAGGCAGCCUGCUGCAGGACCAGGAGAGGUCCCGCAACCUGGAGAAGCAGCGCGAGGAGCUGGCCAACAUCCACACGCUCCAACACCAGUUCCAGCAGGAGCAGCGGCGCUGGCACCGCAGGUGCGACCAGCAGCAGCGGGAGCAGGAGGCCAAGGAGAGCUGGCUGCAGGAGCGGGAGCGCAGGUGCCAGUCGCAGGAGGAGCUGCUGCUGAAGAGCCGAGGGGAGCUGGCGCAUCAGCUCCAGGAGUACCAGCAGAACGUGGAGCUGCUGCGGGAGGGCCAGCGGCUGGUGGAGAAGGAGCGGGAGAAGAUGCGGACCCAGCAGAGGCUGCUGUGCCACUGGAAGCACAGCCGGCAGAGCAGCCUCCCCGCGGCCUUCGCUCCGGGCAGCAAGGAGAUAAUGGACCUUAAUCGCUCUGAGAGCUUAUGUCAUAAAAAUUCGUUCUUCAUGAAUGAAGCUUUGGUACAAAUAUCACAUAACACUUCCAACAGACCAAAUCUGUCUGAUGCCCAUCAGAAUGCCAUUGGCCUCUGCGACCUAUCUAACUCUGAUUUGGUAAGGACUAGUGGAAAUCAGGGAGACCACAAGAUGGACUCUUCUCAGCCCUUGGAUGGUACCCAGGAACUGUGGACAGCCCCUGGGCCCUGUCAUCAGAUACCUCCUCUCCACAGAAGCAGCAAGGAUCCUUGUCAAAAUGAUUUGGUCACCUCCCUUCCUGAGGACUCCACUCCAUGCCGCCCUCCCUUGCUGGCGUUUAUGGCAGAAGCAAGGCUGGAUCCACAGUCAGCCGCCAGAGAAGACGGAGAAGUGGCAGAUCCAGCUGAAGAAAAUAUUGUUUACCUCUAA